AUGUGUAUUCGUCGUCUCUGCAUUCGUGAGUAUGCUAUUCUCCAGUUGAUCGUUAGGCGCUACGUCAAUGUGAGAAUCACUUGUGAGACCCAUUUUGUUUUGCUGAUCGGCCUAAUCAAGGCUUCACAGAAUUCAAAUUUCUACUACGAGCUGAUGAGUAUGCCAAUUGGGCGUCUUGAGCAGCUUGUGUUGAUUCAAGAGUUUCCACCUCUCUCUUCACUCAAGCAUGCUCCAUCUCUUCCAAUUGACUGCCAACUUGUCAGUUCUCUUAAGCAAGGCCUUAUCGAGGCUUUUAAGCAAGUGUACCGCAUCCGUACUUCACUUAGAACCUCAAAGAAAUCAUAUGAACCUGAGCCGAUAAGCCUGGCUGCUUUUGAGGAUUAG